AUGAAGCCCUCACUCGUGCUCCUGGGCGCAGGCUCCGCCCUUGCCUUCCGGGACUCCAAGGUCAUCUCGUCGAGCUCCGGCGAGAUCUGCAUCUCCUCACAGCUGCUUGCGGCCUCUUCGAGCAACCCCAUCUGCCGCAACAAGGACGGCGCGGACCUCCUCGGCAGCGGCCGCGGAGACCAGUUCCCCUUCGCCAGCACGUCCAAGACGUCGCCGUCGCACUCGGCGUGGACGCACACGACGCCGUGCUUCAAGAACAGCACCGAGAGCCCCGAGUUCUGCAUCUACCACGCCGCCAACUACGGCGGCAAGGGCAUCUCCAUCAUCACGGACGCCGAGCGCGCCGCCCACAUCACCCGCAGCUGGGGCUUCACGCGGCCCGAGGAGCUCGAGGGCGCCAACAAGCCGCUGCCCAAGUUCGAGGUCGCAAAGGUCCCCGGCAAGGACUACGGCCUGGUGGCCACGAUCCCCAUCCGGCGCGGCGAGGUCAUCCUCCGGGAGACGGCUAGCCUUCUCAUCGACUACGCGGCCUUUACGCACAUCCCCGUCGAUGAGAUGAAGAAGAUGCAGGCCCACGCCGUGGACUACCUGCCGUUCCACCACCGCAGCCAGUGGCUCAACAUGUCGAGCCACGGGUACCACGGCAACCACAUCUCCAUGGUCGACAAGAUCCUCGUCACCAACUCGUUCGACGUCGAGAUGGACGACUCGAAGCGCGACGACGACUUUUACGCCGUAUUUGUCAACACCUCCCGCAUGAACCAUGACUGCCGGCCCAACGUCGACUACUGGUUCGACCCCCGCACCCUGACCCAGCGCACCGUCGCCCUCCGCGACAUCAUCCCCGGCGAGGAGCUGACGCUCUCCUACAUCGACCCCAUGCAGUCGCGCGAGACCCGCCGCGAGCGCCUGCACACGACCUGGGGCUUCCACUGCUCGUGCCACCACUGCAUGCAGCACCGCCUCAAGACGGACGAGUCGGACCGCCGCAUCGAGCAGAUUGCCAACCUGCGCGACGAGUUCAACGACUACACGCCCGCCUCGCGCGCCACGCCGCAGAUGGCCGAGCUGCUCAUCUCGCUCUACGAGCAGGAGCAGAACUGGAGCCUGCUGAGCGAGGCCUACACCCUCGCCGCCAUCGAGUUCAACGGCAUCGGCGAGCCGUGGGUCGCCACAAAGUACGCGCGCCUCGCCGUCGAGGCCGGCCUCACGACGCUGUGGGAGGGCCACGGCGACGUCGUCGAGAUGAUGAAGCUUGCCGAGGACCCGUGGUCGCACUGGAGCUGGAUGCUGAGGACCCGAAAGCGGUACAGCUGGGGUCCGGGGGCCAGGCCCAACUACUAUGACGAGGAGGGCGAGGAGUAA